GUCUAUAUAUAUGCGGCGGUCGAUACCAAAAGGUCUCUGAGACCGGUCGCCGGCGAGUUCCCGUUCCCUUCUCAUCAUUGUCGUGUCUCUUGCGGACCAGAGUCUUCUUCGAGGAAGUUAUUCGAGCGACGAAACAGUAACCAUGCCAGUGCCUGAGAUCCAGAAACCGGCGCCCGCUUUCUCCGGCACCGCCGUUGUGAAUGGACAAUUUAAGGAUAUCAAACUCUCCGACUACAAGGGCAAAUAUGUUGUACUCUUCUUCUACCCGUUGGAUUUCACUUUCGUGUGCCCGACCGAGAUCAUCGCUUUCUCCGACCGUGUGAAGGAGUUUACCGACAUUGAUUGCCAUGUGAUCGCCGCAUCUACCGAUUCCCACUUCAGCCAUCUCGCGUGGGUAAAUGUGCCGCGUAAACAAGGAGGUCUCGGUGAGAUGAAUAUUCCUUUAUUGGCGGACAAGAGCUGCAAGAUUGCUCGCGACUACGGUGUGCUCGAUGAGGAGUCAGGAAUUCCCUUCCGUGGACUUUUUAUCAUCGACGACAAGCAGAACUUGCGUCAAGUCACCAUCAACGACUUGCCCGUGGGAAGAUCUGUGGAUGAAACUUUGCGUCUGGUUCAAGCAUUCCAAUACACCGAUAAGCACGGUGAAGUCUGUCCAGCUGGCUGGAAACCCGGCAAGAAAACUAUGAAGCCUGACGUCGUUGGAUCGUUGGAGUACUUCAAGGAUCAAUAGACAAUAAAAUCGUACACUGAUAUUUCUUCAUAUUUACUACACUCAGUUAAAAAUACACUCAUAUGUGCGUGUGUGUUUCAUACUCUUUCGCUGCAUACUUUUCUAAUUUGAUACAUUUCACUUCUGUUUUUGUUUAGUAUAAUUAGAUAUACAUAUCGUGAUUUUCACAUUGAAAUAUCUGUCUUUAGUUUAAUAAUAAUAAAACGGAUUUAUUUUCUAUA